AAAUGAGCUCAUUAUUAUGUGAACGGUUCCUCAUUUAUAUAAAUGAGCAAGUGCCUAAAUGAGAUAGUGCGAACCUGGUAUAAUAAAAGCUUCUUCACACACAAAAAUACAACACUGCGCGCAAUAUACCAAAGAAAAAGGUAAACAAUGAUAAUUGGUAAAAUUAGUCUAGACCAAAUCGUUGAAAACUAUUCGUCAUUUUCGCGGCGGAGUGACGUUGGAUUGCAAGAAGAAAUAGCAAUAUUCGUCUAAAAUAGAGAAAAAAAAUUUAAUUGUUUUAAAAAUAUUAUUUUGUUUAACAAAUAAAAGUUAAAAAUGUCAAAAUUAUUGGGUGUGCCGCUAAAGAAACCGUCCGAAGUUGAUGUGGUCACACCACUUAACAACCUCAUACAGGGAACCUACAGUGCGGCUCCAGCAGCCGAUAAAGCGAGUUACAGUGAAGCUGUAAAUAAUUUUUCCUCACAACGCAAAACGGCAAUUUGGAAAUUUUUCGAAAAGAACGAAGGUUCCUUGGAAAUUGUUUAUAGCUAUUAUGAUCAAAUUUGUGCACUUGAGACAAAAAUCUCAGUUAACGAACUGCAAAUUCCCUUUAAGUGGAAAGAUGCUUUUGAUAAGGGCUCUAUCUUCGGUGGAAGAAUCAGUUUAACACACACUUCACUUUUGUACGAGAAGGUAUGUGUACUCUUCAACAUAGCGGCACUGCAAAGUAAUGUAGCGGCUGCACAAUCGUUAGAUUGUGAUGAUGGCUUGAAAAUGGCAUUGAAACUAUUACAGCAAAGUGCAGGUAUAUUCCAGUAUUUGAAAGGUGCUACACCAGCUGCCAUUCCUUCGGAACCCACUCCAGAUUUAACGCAAGACAUGUUGACUGUGCUGCAAGCUUUAAUGAUUGCACAAGCGCAGGAAGUUGUUAUACUGAAAGCAAUCAAAGAUAAUAUGAAAGAUCAAAUCAUUGCAAAACUCUGCUGCCAGGCUGAAGAAUUCUAUGCUGAUGUUCUACGUGCCAUGCAAAAAGAAUCUGUGCGUAGCUUAUGGGAUAAAGAAUGGAUACCAACUGUGGCUGGUAAGCAGGCUGGUUGUCACGCGCUAACACAGCUCUAUCAGAGUUUGGUCUGUCGCGCCUCUAAAAAGAUUGGAGAAGAAAUUGCGCGCUUACGGUCUGCAGUUGAUCUAUUCAAAGCAGCUCAAACACGUUCUGGCAACGCAACAUACUUGGAUGAAUAUUUUAACCGUGCUAAACGGAACCUAGCAGAAUCUACAAAAGAUAAUGAGUUCAUUUAUAAUGAAAUGAUACCGGACAUAAGUACUUUGGCUGCACCAGGCAAAGCACAAUUGGCCAAGGCAUUGCCAUUAGCAUCGCCUAUGUCUACUAACUUUAAAGAUAAAUUUGAUAAUUUGGUGCCUGUUGAACUACACAAUGCUAUAAUGGCUUCUGAUACGCGCAAGAAUGAAAUUGUCAAUGCAGAGGUAAUGAAAUUACGUGAGGCAACGCAGACAUUAAAUGCGGUAUUGGCAAGUUUAAAUUUGCCAGCAGCUAUAGAAAUAACCGAUGGCAGCAGUGGAUUACCACCUUCUUUGCUGGAUAAAGCACGUGAUGUGCGCGAAAAAGGUGGUAUUGAUGGUGUGCAGUCAUUGCUUAAAGAGUUACCAGAGUUGCUUAACCGUAAUAAAGAAAUAUUGGAUGAAACAGAACGUAUGCUAGAUGAGGAACGUGAUUCUGAUAAUCAAUUGCGUGCACAGUUUAAUGAACGUUGGUCUAGAAUCUCAUCAGAUAAAUUAACUGAAAUGUUCCGGACUAAUGCAAAGAAAUAUCGUGAAGUGAUAUUCAAUGCUAUUGAAGCAGACAAAGUUGUGCGGCAGAAAUUUGAAGCCAAUCAAAAGGGUAUAAGCUUAUUAUCACUCUCACCAGAACAAAUAAAUCAAGCGGUGCCGAGUGCUAAUGGCACCGUCGAUCCUAAUUGUCCAAGUGUGCAAAAAUUAAGAGCAUUAAUGGAAUCUGUGGAAACAAUAAAAGCAGAACGUGAUGCUAUCGAGUCAGAACUUAAAGGUGCGACGUUCGAUAUGAAACAUCAAUUCCUGCAAGCAUUACAAAAGGAUGGUGCAAUAGAUGAACCAGCGCUAUCUCUUAUGCGCAUUGGUGAAGUACUAAAUCCAUUGCAAGCACAAGUAAAGGAAAGUAUUGAACGACAACAAACAAUAAUUGCUGAUGUACAACAAGGACAUAAUGAAUUUAUCAGUGAAACUGGUAAUUGCGGUAGUUCACGCGAUAAACUGUAUCAAGAAUUAGCUACAGCUUAUGAUAGCUUUAUAGAGUUAUUAGGCAAUCUUAAAGAAGGCACUAAGUUUUAUAAUGAUUUAACGCAGUUAUUGGUUGUAUUUCAAAAUAAGAUUUCCGACUUCUGCUUUGCACGUAAAACUGAAAAGGAGGAAUUGCUUAAAGAUUUGACAACAGAGUCGAGCAGACAAGCACCAGGACCAACACCCGCACUACCAUCCCAUUAUGCUUCAACAUCAGGCAGUGGAAGUGAUAUAACAGCACCAACUAUUGCGCCAUCUCCAGUACCUGCUGCCCCUACUGCGGCUUCAACAAAUAUGCCAUAUCCACAACAAAUGCAAGGCAUGCCAGUACCAUAUGGAGCAGCACCAAAUAUGCCGUAUCCUGCUUAUGCGCCACCACCAAUGCCGCAAGGCUUUAAUCCAUAUGCUACGCUUCCUUAUCCAGGAUCUGCUUACCAAUACAGUGGUUUCCCACAAGGACCGCAACCGGGACAUUAUGGUACAUACCCCGGCAGUUUUGCACAUCAACAAGGUGGUUAUCCUAACCAGAAACCACCAGGCUGGUAAACUAAUUUCUGAAUACAAUUAUCGAAAGCUUUUUUUUCUCACGAAAGUAAUUAUUUUUAUUUUUUAAACAAUUUUAUAUAUAACAUUAAAUUAACUAUAAAUUAUAUAUAUAAAUUUAUAUAUCAAAAAUGCACGUGAUUAUGUUGAGAUAUGAAAGCAUUUAAAUAUAAGAACAAAUAAUCUGUUAUGUUAAUUGAAUUGUGGUUAAAAACUUUUAAAAUUAUUU